AUGUUGACAAAAACAUUACCAAGUUGGUUAAAAUUGGUGAUAACAUCGCGAACAGUGCACGAGAAUGAAUGGAAGAAGCUUGAUCGUUUCCUUGUGUUAAAUAUUGAUGAAAAUCCGGAUGAAUUGAUUGAUUUUAUUCGUGAAAAAUUACCAGAACUCGAUUCCGAUAGUAUUUUUGAAUGUUGUCAGGGUUCUUGGUUCUAUGUUUCACAAUAUUCUCGAGCUUUGAAUGCAAAUUUACUUACUGUACCAUCAACUUCACAAUCAUCCGAUAAUAAUUUAAUAACUUUUCCACGCGGUGCUAGUUUACUUCCAAAUGGUGUUUCGGCUCUUUUAGCGCAAAUUGAAUCAGAAUUACCCACUCAUUUAAAUUUAUAUUUACGAUUAAUAGCAGCAAGUCGUCGUCCACCAACUCGACAACGUCUCAUUGCUGUCACAGUACUUACAGCUAGUCGUCCAACAAAUUUAGUGGAAGCUGAUUUACGAGAAUGUGAGCCAAUCCUGGAAUGUACUGAUCCAUUAAUCUUAAGCGGUGCAUGGCGUGAACGUUUCAUGGAUGAUGAAUGCGAAGAAGGUCAUGCCUUAUGGGCACAAUUUAUUCAACGAACGGGUUGUAAUACGCUACAAACGCUUGUCGAAUUUGCAUAUCAUUUGGCUCAUUCUGGUGAAUUGCAUUAUUUGGAUCGAAUUAGGCUAUUGCGUGAAUUCGGUGCGGAUAUGAUCGAACUCAAAUGUCCAGUAUUUGAUUACAUGACUACUGAUUUAUUAGUCAAAGCAGGUGCAACUAUUUUGGAUCAUCGUCAGCAAAAGAGACUAUGA